AUGGAUCAAUCUGCUACAACCGCAGCCUACGUCUCCGGCAUGAAAGAAGAUCUCUCCCUCUUCGGCAACGAGCUCGUCGAGUUCACCACCUACUUCUCCAUCGGCUAUGCCAUCUUCAUCGUGCCCUCCCAGCUGAUCCAGACCCGUGUCCGCCCCUCGCUUUUCCUCCCCGUGUGCGAGAUCAUCUGGGGCUUGUUCACCCUGUUCACGUAUAAGGCUGGUAACGCAAAGACCAUCUUUGCGCUGCGCUUCUUUCUCGGCGUGUUUGAGUCGACGUCUUGGCCUGGCAUUGUGAACUUGAUUUUCAACUGGUAUCGUCCUGAGGAGCUUGGCAAGCGCUUGGCAAUCUUUGGUGUCAGCGGUGUCGCGGGAAACAUGUUCCUCGGUAUCGUCCAAGCAGCUCUGUACAAGAACCUGAACGGUCACCUCGGCCUCGCAGGCUGGCAGUGGCUCUUCAUCGUCUCCGGCGCUAUGACCAUCCUCUGGGGUCUCGUUGGUCUCGUCAUCAUCCCCGACUCGCCAGCCAUCACCCGAGCGCUGUACCUUACUGAAGAAGAGAGGGAGUUGUCUCGACAGCGGAUGGCUGACAGUGGGACAAAGACGUCCAAGCUGAUCCCGUUCAAGACACUGGUUGAGAAGCUGAAGCUACUUGUCAAGAGCCCUCUCUCAUAUCUCUUCCUUGCUGCGUAUCUUCAGUUUGCCUGGAGUCAGCGCGCCAACGCAUACUUCCUUCUCUUCCUCAAGGGUCUCACAAACGCGGACGGAACCCCACGAUACUCGGUCUACACGGUCAACCUGAUUCCCCUCGGUGGAUACGCCAUCAGCAUCGUCUGCAAUAUCGGCCUGAAUGCCCUGAGUGAUUGGAAGGCUUGGCGAUGGCAGGUCAGUAUCGGCGCUGCAACGCUCCAACUCGUUGCAACUUCGGUCUUGUCAGGCUGGCCCGACUCCUGGCAGACCAUCAUGGCCUUUUACUUCUUGACAUUUGCCACGGCGGCUUGGGGAUAUGCGCUCAUUGCCUGGCUGGCCGAGAUCCUCCGCAAGGAGCCCGAAGUCCGGUCCAUCCUCGUCGCCAUGGCCGUCACGCUAGUCUACGUUGGCCACGCCACAAUUCCACUCCGUGCCUGGAGAGUCGCUGACUCCCCCAAAUAUCCCAUUGGUUUCCCUCUGGCUGCAGCCUUCAGCGUUGGAAGCAUUGUCGCCAUUAUGGGAAUGUGGUUCUAUGUGCGAAAGUACCCUGAGAUUGAGGACUGGGGUCUGGAUAGAGAGGCUGGACCAGAAGGAGCCUACGGGGAGGACUGCUCGGGUUUGAGGCAAGCAAAAUACUAG